GACUCAGGAGUGGAGAUGGCAGCCGGGGACAGCCCCCUGGCCACCUUACCAGGCCUUUCUCAGGACUCUCUGGACUUUGAGCCCACGGGGAGCUCUGAGCCCCCCGUCCAGCUAGGCCGACUCCUGGCCAGCCAGAAGCUGGAGCAGGCGCUGGAGCGGUCCCGCCGGCUCCCGGUGGCCCCCGCCAGCUUUUCAGGUCGACACCAGCCCGAGUGUGAUGUGCCUCUUUUUGGAGCCAGGGCACAAGAGUCCGUGGCGGCAGACAGUGACCUGGUGGCUGGCCUGGAAGAAGUGGAGAUGGCUCGGGGCUUGGGUCCUGGAGCCUGGACCUGCCUCCCCGGGCAGGGUCUUCGCUACCUGGAGCACCUGUGCUUGGUGCUGGAGCAGAUGGCGAGGCUCCAGCAGCUCUACCUACAGCUGCAGACCCAGAGGCCCCCUGGGGAUCCUGACGAGGUGGAGUCAGCCCCGGCCCCAGGAAAUGGGGUACGGGGGCCAUGGGAGCUGCUAAACCAGACAGAGGAGACAGGGGCAAAGGCAGCUUCACUCCCAAAGGUGGGUGUGCCCACUGCCAACCCUCCCAGGCUGCCAGAGACCCCGGUGGAGCCAACUCGUGCUUCGCCAUCCUCCCAGGAACACACGCGGGAUCUUUCCCACUGGGACAAGGUCAAGGUCCUGCUCAACCGGAUCCGCUGGAAAAGCCAUCAAUACUCUGAACACCCUGCCCCUCCUGAUGGUUCUGGCCCCAGGGUCGAGUCCAGGGACUUCCCUGAAAGGCCUCUGUGCCGCCCCCACCGGAAGACCUUUAUGCCAUCAUUAGUGGUUAAGAAGCAACACAAAAAACCUUUCUGUAUGCUGAGUCCGCUUGGUGCACCUGGCGACCCUGGGUGGAGGGGACUUACCGUGAAGUCUUCCUCAUCCUUUGCCCCAUUGCUUCAUCUCUGCACCGCCAGGAAAAGCUGCUGACUCUUGUCCUCCUCUCUAAGGCGAGGACUGACUCUUGUUCCUCCAAGCAGCCCGGCAGAAGAGCCCUGGCUCCCUGAGAGGGCCCUAAGAGGUGGCAGUUCCACGGCCCCUCCUCCUUGCCAGAAAUCCCUGGGCUUUAGACAAUGUGAACUAACUUAUUUAUCAGGUGUCCAUGGAUUGUAUUUGGCAUGGGGAUUUGUCUGGGCCCAGCAUGUUGCAGAUGUGUAUUUACACACAAUGAUACAUGUAUCUCUGUGGGAUGGUCAGUGGUGUGCACUUGCUGGAUCCAACCGGCUCUUCUGGAAUCAUGCAGCCAAAGUGUUGGUUUUCUCGAUGAGGUAACUGUGGAGGGAUGGAACUGGCCUUUGCUCCAUGUUGGGCAGUUACUGAGCUUUCCUCCUCAUAGCUACACCAGUAGCCCUGAGACAGAGAAUGGGGCGGCCCUGCCUGCCUCUGUAUGGAGUCUUGUCCCUGGAGCAGAGCCCCUGAAGACCGUACCAGGAAUUGGGAAGAUCAGCGAUGACAUAAGGAAUAGCAGAAUAACCUUCACAGUUGACUCUCAGGCUGCUCCACUCCAUCCUAGCUUUUACGCAUCCUAACUGAAACCAGGAGCCCAUACUAGUUUUUUGACCCUUACUAAGUCAACGUUUCUGAGCCACAGCCUUCCACUCGGAAUAAUGAUGCCUGCCCUACCUACCUCACAGACUUGUUAUGAGGAAAAUGCGAGAUUAAACUGCCUCAAAGUGC